AUGAGCCUCAAUUACUUGCUGAAAAGGCGUCUACCCAUACAAAAGUCACCAUUUGUUUAUAUCAGGGUGCAUAGGCACCUAUCCUAUACGUCAGUUUCGAGGUACUCUCAAGAAGGUUCAACUAAAGAUAAACCCUCCAAUAAACCCCCAAGUGAACCAGAGAGCCCCGAUCCCACGGAUCCUAAGAAACAGAAGACCACUGUGGAUAAUUUUCUAGAAUCAAUACGACCCCAUUUAAAUACUGCACAUCAACAAUACAACAAAACAAAGACUCAAAUCAACAGUGUUAUUGUCCCAUUUAAAUUCCAUUUCAACAAGGCAAAAGAUGCUAUCAAAGAAGCCAAUGAGAAACUUGCACAACAAGAACAAGAGAGUCAGAAUUAUGAUUUCAAUCAAGAUCUAACUAAAAAUGGAACAAAUGGGAAAACUAUUCAAGGUUUACCAUCUGAAAGAGAAAGAAAAAGAAGGAAGUGGGCAAAAAAACUGGAGCUAUAUAUUGAUUCACUACAAGAAACUAUAUUCACUGCAACUAGAGCUUUGAAUGAUGUCACUGGUUAUUCUGCAAUUCAAAAAUUGAGAGAAUCUAUUGAGAUUCUAGAGAAAGAUCUUGAGAAAACAAAAGAGGAUGCAAGAAAUACAAAAGAAGUUUAUAGUGAUGCAAUUGCCAAAAGAUUACAGACUCAAAAGGAAGUUAAUGAGCUUUUGCAAAGACAGCAUUCAUGGUCCCCUUCUGAUUUAGAGAGAUUUACAAAGCUUUACAAAGAUGAUCAUGAAACUGCAGCUUAUGAGAAACAAGCUAAAGAAGAUAUGGAAGCUGCUGAUGCGAAAGAAGAAGACAUACAAAAUAAACUAUCCAAAGCUAUAUUAACACGUUAUCAUGAAGAGCAGAUUUGGUCUGAUAAAAUUAGAAGAACAUCAACCUGGGGAACUUUUGGUCUUAUGGGAAUUAACAUAUUGUUAUUUCUAGUUUUCCAAUUAGCUUUGGAACCUUGGAAAAGAAGAAGAUUGGUUGGAAACUUUGAGCAAAAAGUUCAACAAGUGUUGGAGGAGAAUGCAUAUUUACAAAAUGAAAAGUUGGAUGUUAUGAGUAAAAAAGUCGAAGAAUUGCAAGAAAGUGAUAGGUUGCCUAUUCUCAAUGAAAGUCUUCGAGCUGAAGUUAUAGAAGAUCCAAUUGAGCCACCAGCGAUCCAUGGAUUACCUUUACCUCCACAUCAACCAUCAUUAUUUGGCUAUGUAUCUUCAGGAGCACACAGCUUCAUGAAACAUUUCAAACCAUCUUACAAUUUGAUAACUCAAGCUGGUCCAGCAGAGGCUACCAUCAAGAAGGAAGAUUUGAUAACAUUUACAACUGCAGCACUGGUUCUUGGUAUCUCUAUCGGCACAUUACUUUCUGGAAUUUUCAAUUAACACAAAUUUACAAGCACAUUUGUAUAUAGUUUAAGAAAUCAAUUUUGCAUACUAUAAACUAUCUGUCAUCUCUUGUAGUGCAAAUAUGGUGGAAAUUUACCCGCAAAUCAGCAUUUGUCUGAUACGCCCACUCUUAAGGCUUGUCAAAAGUUUCGCGAAUUCCUUUGAAAUCG